GCAGAAAGGGACAAGAUCCCUGAAAGGCGUGCCAGCGUCAGAGUCAGUUUCAGUCGUACGGCGUUCUCUUUCUUUCUCAGUUUCAUUCAUUUGUUCAUUCAUUCAUCUUUUUCACCCAAAUGCCAACUACUAACUCUAACUCCGAUCUGUUCCUUCUUUGAUUCAAAAAAGCUUCCAUCUUUUGUUUCUGGGUCAUUUGGGUUUUUUCUAUCCAUUGAAGCAGAAUAAGAAGAAGAAGAAGGAGCAUGUAUCCCAGAUUGAUACACCCCCAUGAUGGGAUUGUGGUGCAGGAAGAUAUGCAAGGUGCUUCUGCUGCUGCUACUGCUGCUUCAAACCUCUCUCACAAUCACAAAGGAGACCCAUGUCUUGUUUUAACGGCUGAUCCUAAACCUCGCCUUCGUUGGACUCAGGACCUUCAUGAACGGUUUGUUGAUGCCGUCACACAACUUGGGGGUGCUAGUAAAGCUACACCAAAAGCAAUCAUGCGGACCAUGAAUGUCAAGGGUUUGACUCUAUUUCAUUUAAAGAGUCAUCUUCAGAAAUACAGGCUCGGUAAGCAAUCUGGAAAAGAUAUGGGUGAGGGAUGCAAAGAUGGUUCAUAUCUCUUAGAAAGCCCUGGCACUGAUAACUCUUCUCCAAAGUUGCCAACUUCUGAUACAAAUGAGGGUUAUGAAAUCAAGGAGGCAUUAAGAGCACAGAUGGAAGUGCAAAGCAAACUACAUUUGCAAGUGGAGGCAGAGAAGCACUUGCAGAUUCGCCAGGAUGCAGAGAGGAGAUACAUGGCCAUGCUUGAAAGAGCUUGCAAGAUGCUGGCUGAUCAAUUCAUUGGUGCUACAGUUAUAGACACAGACAGCCAAAAGUUUCAAGGAAUUGGAAGUAAAGCACCAAGAGGUUCCACGGUUGAUCCUCUUGGUUUUUUCUCCUUGCCAUCUACUGAGGUGGCUGGAGUGAAUGUCGCAGAAGAAGAAAUACCACCUAGUCUUCCACCCCAAAGGGCUGAUUGUUCAACUGAAAGUUGCUUAACCUCACAUGAGAGUUCUGGAGGAUUGACCUUAGAAGGGUCUCCUGGUGGCGGAAAAAGGAGGAUGCUGGGCAUGGACUCUAUGGCAGCACCUUUGAUCUGGAGUGAAGCUAAGAUGAGAACUCAAGCUAUCAAUGUAGCCCAAGGUAAUCAUCCUCAAGGAAUAACAAGGUAUGGUAUGUAGGGAUGAAAGAUCUACUUGAUGGUUCAUCCCCUCAUGAUACCGUGAUGAUACCUUUGGCCUUCAUUCAUUCCUUUUAGAUAGGUACUUGAACUCUUCAUGUCUUGUAAGUUAGUGAGACAUUGGUGGAGUCAAUUUUACCCAUUUGUAAAUUCAAACUAUGUGGCUUUAAA